AUGACUUCAGCAUUAUCACAAUCAUCCACCUCAAUCCAAUCAUCACCUUCAGCUAAAGAUACUUUCGAAUUACAUCUUGAUGAGAAUAACUUAUCUUUACUACUAGUACCUGAUAAUCCACAACUGUCAACAUCUAAAGUUCUGAUUGAGACUGAUGAUAUAGUUCCUAAUUCAAUGCAAUCCUAUAUUCAAGCAAAAUCCUUGAAGUUGAGCAAAAAAAACACUGCACUUUUAAAAGAGAUUGCUCAGAAACAAUUGAGAUUAGAAGAAACAAUUGAAAAUAGAUUCAAUAAUGAGUCAGUUAAACAACUUUCUCAUAAAUUGUUUCACAAUCAUGAAACAGUGUUAGAUGAAGAAAUGAAAGAAAUACUCAAGGAAAUUUUAGAAAAUGACAAAUCAUGCAAUGUAAAAUUGAAAGAACUGGAGAAGAAGGAUGUUUCAUAUGAUAGAUUGUGGAAUAAAGCUUUGUACUCGGAUUAUUUGAAACUCAUUAAGAAUGAAGAAGAAGCAGAUUCCGAAAAAAGUAAUAUUGAAGAAGGGAACAAUCAAUGA